UUUUUUUUACAUUUUUUUCUUUUUUCUUCUCAUCACACUUAUUUUUUUGACAUCAUGUCCUCAAAACUGGAUCAAGCACUUGACGAUGCUAUUAAAGAAAGAAGAUCUCAUCAACGUUCCAAUAAUAGUAGACGACAACAACAGCAACAAUCAAGAUUAGGUUCUUUUGAAAGACGUAUCACCAAAGAUGGUACCAUUAGGAAACGUAUUUCAACUGGAAGUAAUAUCAAUAGUAGACUUGGUUCUUCUUUUCGUACUGCUGGUGGACCUCAACGACAAAAUCGACGCGGUAGAAGUUUUGGUGGAAAACGUAGUACAGAUCAACCUUGGUCUCACGAUUUAUUUACUGGUGGCGAACGAAAUGUUAGUACUUCAUCUAUUGAAUCACGUCUUGGAAAGGGAAGACAACAACAACAACGACGUUUUGAUGGACAUUCUGUAUUACUGGUGGAAAAUAUACAUUAUAAUGUUACAGAACAAGAUCUAGAGGAAGUAUUCAAAUUAGUUGGUACAGUAGAAAGAUGUAAAAUUGAAUUUGAUCGAUCUGGACGAUCUACUGGAGUAGCCAAAGUGACAUUUAAUGAUCGAAAUGUUGCCUUAAAAGCUAUGGAUAAAUUCAAUAAUGUGGAUUUAGAUGGACAACCUAUGAAGAUUAGUUUAUUAGAUAAAUCUAGUAAUAAUAAUAAUAAUAAUAGUAAAUCAUCAAGACAAAAUCGUGGUAAUAGUAGUAGUAGUAGUAAUAAUGCUACUCGAAAUGCAUCAGAUUUGGAUGCUGAAUUGGAAGCUUAUACCAGUGGUACCACAAACAAGCAAAAUGAUGAUGAUGAUGCCAUGAUGUUGGAUUAAUUAUUAUUUAUAAAAACGUAUAAAUUCAAAUUACAUUUUAUAGUUUUAUUUUUAUUUUUAGUUUUAUUUUUUUUUUUUUGUUAUAUAAUUUUUUUAAAAAAUAAAAAUCCUUUUCUGUGUCACC